AUGGCUGCCGUCCAGAUCGGCGAUCUGACCCCGGAUCAGAAGGGCGAGCUCGCCUGCACCUAUGCCGCACUGAUCCUCCAUGAUGACGGCGCAGAGAUUACAGCAGAGUCCAUGUCCGCCUUGAUCAAGGCGUCUGGUUGCAGUGUGGAAGGCUACUGGCCGAUGCUGAUGUCAAAGAUGGUGAACAACGUUGGCAUGGAGUCGCUGAUCAAGCUUGGAAGUGGUGCCGGAGGCGGUGGCGGCGGCGGCGGCGGUGGUGGCGCUGUUGCAGCAGGUGCAGCAGCUGGUGGUGGCGAAUCCAAGGCGGAAGAGAAGAAGAAGGUUGAGGAGGAAGAGGAGGAGGAAGAGAUGGACUUCGACUUGUUCGGAUGA